AUGAAGCACCCAAUAAGUCCUGACCAAAUCUUUGAAGAUGGAAUUAUGAAUCCAUCAACUUUUCUACGGGGCUUUGAAGAGAAAGGACUGAGGAAUGAUAGACCAGACUAUCAAUUAAGUAAAGAAAAAAAGAAGAUACUAUUUUCCUUCUGUGAAGUGUGCAAUAUACAGCUGAAUUCUGCAGCACAGGCUCAGGUUCAUUACAAUGGGAAAUCUCACCUGAAAAGAGUGAAGCAGGACAGCAUCAAAUCACCACCUCCACCCUCUGAAACAGCACCCAAUAGCAACAGUUCACCAUGCAGUACAUGCCAUACUACUACACUUCCUGCCCUUGUGCGCACACCGACUCUGAUGAUGCAGCCUUCACUGGAUAUCAAGCCCUUUAUGUCCUUUCCUGUGGACAGUAGUUCUGCUGUUGGACUCUUCCCAAAUUUUAACACAAAAAGGUUUGGGUUAUUCCAUUCUAAUCAUUUUGAUACAAUGGAUCCUGUGCAAAAAGCAGUCAUAAACCACACAUUUGGAGUAUCCAUUCCCCCAAAGAAGAAACAAGUUAUUUCCUGUAAUGUCUGUCAGCUUCGCUUUAACUCUGAUAGCCAGGCCGAGGCCCACUACAAAGGAAGUAAACAUGCCAAGAAGGUCAAAGCACUAGAGGCAACGAAAAAUAAACCAAAAGCUGGUUCUUCCAAGGACAGUGCAAAGGCUAACACAAGCUGCUCUACCACGCCAGUCACAGCCAACAUCUCUGACAAAUCAGAAGAUAAAGGGAAAGCGAAAACCAGUGGUUCUAGUCAGCCUUCAAAUACUGAAGUGGGCCUGUUCCUUCCCAAACCUGGAGCUAUAACAUUAGCACCUAUAACAUCGACAUCAUCCUCUAAGAGCACAAAUGGAGCAACUAGCACAGUUUCUGAAUCCGAAGAGGAGAAAGCCAAAAAAUUACUUUACUGUUCACUAUGCAAAGUGGCUGUGAACUCCCUAUCACAGCUAGAAGCACACAACACAGGUUCCAAACACAAGACAAUGGUGGAAGCUCGGAAUGGUGCAGGUCCAAUUAAAUCUUAUCCUAGACUUGGAUCCAGGCUGAAGAUUCAGAAUGGCAGUAAGGGCUCAGGACUGCAGAACAAGACAUUUCAUUGUGAAAUCUGUGAUGUCCAUGUCAAUUCAGAAAUUCAACUUAAACAGCACAUUUCCAGCAGAAGGCACAAGGACAGAGUGGCAGGGAAGCCUAUGAAACCUAAAUAUAGCCCUUACAACAAACUUCAGCGCAGCCCAAGUAUUUUAGCAGCAAAACUUGCAUUCCAAAAAGAUAUGAUUAAGCCCUUAGCACCUGCUUUCCUUUCAUCUUCUCUUGCUGCGGCUGCAGCUGUGUCAUCCGCUCUGUCCCUCCCUCCCCGUCCUUCCGCCUCUUUGUUCCAGGCACCUGCAAUCCCACCAGCUCUCCUAAGGCCGGGCCACGGUCCCAUACGUGCGACUCCUGCAUCGAUCCUUUUUGCACCAUACUAA